AUGACGUCGUUCCUCUUUCGCACUUCCACGGCACCCGAGUUCCCACGUCCUCGCAAGACGUAUGGAUCAAUGUACACGGACCUCGUUAGAGCGUCUUCGGACGCCGUCGACGCCCUUUCCCUCUACCGUACCCUGAUCCUAGCCAAGGACACCAGCGCGGACGGUGUCGGAUUCGCGGCAUUUGAUGCACAUGUUGGUGACACGUCUUGCCAGUUGCGUGCCGCCAUGAUGCUUGAUUUGACCAGGCAACAUAGAAAGUGGGCAGCGAGCAGUGGACGCGCGCCGUGGCUUGACCAGUACAUUGAGAGGCUGGAGGUUCUGCGCGACAAAGGACGUGAUAUGCUUGCGAAGCUGACGAUCGAUCGUAUCCAUCCUGACAAUUUGGGAAUCGGGCCCAAAGAAGAUACCCCCACCGGCUUAUUGACUCACAUGGGUUGGUGUGAGCCUGAGAUACCACGUCACCCUAAUUCCUGUUACUUACGGUCAUCGACACCAACUAAGGCAUUCAAUGAUGCCCUAGUCUUGGAUGGAAAAGACUGGGAUAUACCACCGUCGGACGAAGACUGCGUAACCGCCUGGACGCUGACGGAGAAGUCUCUUGCAUCAAGCCCUACGCAGUAUGCAUGGUGGCAGAUUGACAACAAUUCAAUGCACCGGAUCAGCCCAAUGGCGUCUUGCACGUCUCUUUCAGGGGACACGCUUGCAGAGGAAGUGGAAACACCACAGGAGGGCAGUCCGGACAAAUAUCUCUCUCCACUUCUGGAUGGACAAGACACCGCGAUGGCAUGGGACCCCUGGAAUGCCAAAAUGCUGGUUCGGUUCAUCACUUUCUCAUUUGUUCUAUCCAAGUAUAAGACAUUUCAUCGGUUCAAACACGCCGUGGGAACACGACUCAGCCCGGAAGCGGCCAUCCACGCGGGCGAUGAGAUGGUGCAUGACGUAUGGAAGAAGCGUCCGCUUGAUGAUUAUCUUUAUUCGAAAUCGCCACGUCGAAUUUAUAUAGAGUUCGGUGCCAUGCAGACUUGGGUCUCAGAGCUUAGCUGUGCCUGGCUGUGCCACACCGCAAAGACAUCCUCGGCUGCUCCUGGACUCCAACAGUUGAUGACACGUACCCUUCAGACUUCUGUGAAGAAUGUGACGUCUAUUCCAGCAUAUAUCGGGUAUAUAGUUAUCAGGGAGCACUGUGGAAAGGAGGGGGAAUCUUUGAUUUUCGUUGAUCGCCAUUUCUGCAAGAAAGGUAAGCUUGAGCGGAAGGGGGACCAGUGCAACAAGAAGAACGUACAAGUACUAAGUAUCAGAAGGAUACCACUCCAACUUUUUCCUCGCGACACUGGAUCUCAGAGCAAACUCAGGUGA